UCACCCACAUGCCCCUUGCUCUCCGUAUUCAUGAUCAACAAGAUCGAUCACUUGAAGAUUCUCUUUUUCCUCCACAUAUAUAUUUCGCUCUUAAUUGUGAUCAGCUCAGAAAUAUUAUUUCUUCUUCUUCUUCUUCUUCUUCUUCUUCUUCUUCGUUGUGAUCGAUCUCAUAGCAAGAACCCAACUUAAUUAAUUCAUAAUGGGUUGCUUAAGUAAUUUAUUCAAACAGGUGUCUGAAACUGUUAUGGAUGAAAGGACGAAGGAGGUUGAGGAUUACACGUUAGAUGGAUCCACUGAUUGGCAUGGGAAUCCUGCAGGCAGAGCAAGAACAGGAACUUGGGGGUCGGGAUAUUUAAUCCUAGUGAAUCAAGGGCUGGCAACUUUAGCAUUUUUUGGAGUAGCAGUGAAUUUAGUGUUGUUUCUGACGAGGGUUAUGGGACAAGACAACGCAGACGCAGCCAACAACGUAAGCAAGUGGACUGGAACUGUCUAUAUGUGUUCCCUUGUCGGAGCCUUCCUCAGUGAUUCAUACUGGGGAAGGUAUAGGACUUGUGCUGUCUUCCAAGCCAUCCUAGUUUUUGGUCUUGGGUUGUUAUCUCUCACAUCCUACAAAUUUUUACUUAGCCCCAAUGGUUGUGGAGACGAACAACUCAGUUGUGGAUCCCAUUCGGUCUUCCAAGAAGCUUUGUUUUACCUCUCAGUAUACCUAGUAGCCCUAGGAUAUGGAGGAUACCAGCCCAACAUUGCAACGUUUGGUGCUGAUCAGUUCGAUGAAGCUGACCAAAAAGAAGGACACUCAAAGAUAGCAUUCUUCAGCUACUUCUAUUUGGCUCUCAAUCUAGGAUCGCUCUUUUCCAACACAAUAUUGGGUUAUUUUGAGAACGAUGCUUUGUGGACUCUAGGGUUUUGGGCUUCAGCAGGAUCUGCUAGUCUUGGCUUGAUCUUGUUCCUUUGUGGCACUACGAGGUAUAGGUACUUUAAGCCAGGAGGGAAUCCUCUUCCUAGAUUUUGCCAAGUUUUUGUUGCUGCAAUAAGAAAAUGUAAGGUCAGCAUGGGGUCUAGUGAAGACAAGCUUUUUGAAGUUGAAGAAUAUUCCGAGGGAGGAAGAAAGAUACUCCACACUGAAGGAUUUAGAUUCUUGGAUAGAGCAGCAUUUAAAACGCCUGAAGAGUUUAGCGAAAAGGAAGAAAAUAACUUCAGUCCAUGGCAUCUUUGCACAGUGACUCAAGUUGAGGAAGUAAAAUGCAUACUAAGACUACUACCAAUCUGGCUAUGCACUAUAAUCUACUCUGUUGUUUUCACUCAAAUGGCAUCGAUUUUCGUAGAACAAGGUGCAGCAAUGGACACUAGAAUUUCUUCAACUUUCAAAAUUCCUCCAGCGAGCAUGUCAUGCUUUGACAUUCUCAGUGUCGCCGCCUUCAUCUUCAUUUACCGGCGAGCUCUUAACCCUUUGGUGGCCCGCAAGAACAACAAAGGACUCACUGAGUUGCAAAGGAUGGGAAUCGGACUCAUCAUAGCAAUGAUGGCCAUGGUUUCAGCAGGAUUGGUAGAGCAUUUUAGGUUAAAGAACGCUACAAAUGAAGUGUCAAGUUCAUUAAGCAUCUUCUGGCAGAUACCACAAUAUGUGCUUAUAGGAGCUUCAGAGGUAUUCAUGUAUGUUGGUCAAUUAGAGUUCUUCAAUGGACAAGCACCUGAUGGAUUGAAGAGUUUUGGAAGUGCGCUUUGCAUGACUUCAAUGUCACUAGGAAACUAUGUCAGUAGUUUGAUUGUUGCCAUUGUUAUGAAGAUUUCUCAGAGAGGUGAGAGCCCAGGAUGGAUCCCAGGAAAUCUCAACGUGGGACACUUGGACAGAUUUUAUUACCUUUUAGCAGCAUUUACAGCAAUAGAUUUUGCGGUUUACAUUGCUUGUGCUAGGUGGUAUAGGCCUGUCAUAUUUGACGAAAGGAAUGAAGAAGACAUCAACCCAGAGCUCAAGGUCUAGGGAUUUUGGAUCUCAUGAGACAAUAUAUUGAUUGCUUUUUAAAAAAUUAGUGAUGGACUGUUGUAUUAUAUUUGUGUUAGAGGAAAUGUGUGAUUACAUGCUGUGAAACAAGGGGAAUGUUUUUUUCUUCAUUUCUCUAUGUGGAGCAAAAUGUAUAAGUUAUGCAUUUUUGAUGGAGUGGUUUAUAUUAAUCUAUGCACUAUUUGACAAGGUUCGGAAUAUAUUUGGUUUGGAUUGUUCUAUUAUUGG